AAGCAGCAGCUCUGGACAUUUGCUCUAGCUGACGGGCAUCUAAGACGGCACCUUGACAUACACAGGAUACCAAGGAAUUUCUGUUUGCAUCAGCUGAGUCUCUAGUAAAGUGCCACCAUGAGCACAGACGCGGAGAUGGCGCAGUAUGGCCCAGCGGCCAUUUACCUCCGCAAGCCAGAAAAGGAGAGGAUUGAGGCCCAGACUGCUCCAUUUGAUGCCAAGACGGCCUUCUUUGUGACUGAUACUGAUGAGAUGUAUGUCAAGGGGAAACUCGUCAAGAAGGAGGGUGGUAAAGCCACUGUUGAGACAGAUGGAGGAAAGACGGUCACUGUAAAGGAGGAUGAAAUCCACCCUAGGAACCCUCCAAAGUUUGAUAAGAUGGAGGACAUGGCCAUGAUGACCCACCUUAAUGAGCCAUCUGUGUUGUUUAACCUCAAAGAGCGUUAUGCAUCAUGGAUGAUCUACACCUACUCUGGGUUGUUCUGCGUUGUCGUCAAUCCCUACAAGUGGCUUCCUGUAUAUGAUGCUACAUGUGUAGCAGCAUACAGAGGAAAGAAGAGGAUUGAGGCUCCACCCCACAUCUUCUCCAUCUCUGACAAUGCCUAUCAGGCCAUGCUCACUGAUCGUGAGAACCAGUCUGUCCUGAUUACUGGAGAAUCCGGUGCGGGAAAGACUGUCAACACCAAACGUGUCAUCCAGUACUUUGCAACAAUUGCAGCUCUUGGAGCUAAGAAGGCUGAGCCAGCAGCUGGCAAAAUGCAGGGCUCUCUUGAGGAUCAGAUUGUUGCUGCCAACCCUCUGUUGGAGGCCUACGGUAAUGCCAAGACUGUGAGGAAUGACAACUCCUCUCGAUUUGGUAAAUUCAUCAGGAUUCACUUUGGCACAUCUGGCAAGCUGUCUUCAGCUGAUAUUGAAACAUAUCUGCUGGAGAAGUCCCGUGUCACCUUCCAGUUGUCUGCUGAGAGGAGCUACCAUAUCUUCUAUCAGCUGAUGACAGGCCACAAGCCUGAGCUUCUGGAGGCUCUUCUGAUCACAACUAACCCUUAUGACUAUCCAAUGAUCAGUCAGGGUGAAAUCACUGUCAAGAGCAUCGAUGAUGUGGAGGAGUUCAUUGCAACAGAUACUGCUAUUGACAUCUUGGGCUUUAGUGCUGAAGAGAAGUUAAGCAUCUACAAGCUGACUGGUGCUGUGAUGCAUCAUGGCAACAUGAAAUUCAAGCAGAAGCAGCGUGAAGAGCAGGCUGAACCUGAUGGCACCGAGGUGGCUGACAAGAUUGCGUACCUAUUGGGCCUGAACUCGGCUGAUAUGCUGAAAGCUUUGUGCUACCCAAGAGUCAAGGUUGGCAAUGAGAUGGUGACCAAAGGUCAGACCGUCCCACAGGUCAACAAUGCUGUCUCGGCUCUGUGCAAAUCUAUCUAUGAGAAAAUGUUCUUGUGGAUGGUUAUCCGUAUCAAUGAGAUGCUGGACACAAAGCAGCCCAGACAGUUCUUCAUUGGAGUGCUGGAUAUCGCUGGGUUUGAGAUCUUUGAUUUCAACAGCUUGGAGCAACUCUGCAUCAACUUCACCAAUGAGAAACUGCAACAGUUUUUCAACCAUCACAUGUUUGUCCUGGAGCAAGAGGAGUACAAGAAAGAAGGCAUUCAUUGGGAGUUCAUUGACUUUGGUAUGGACUUGGCUGCCUGCAUUGAGCUUAUUGAGAAGCCAAUGGGCAUCUUCUCCAUCCUUGAAGAGGAGUGCAUGUUCCCCAAGGCCUCUGACACAACGUUCAAGAACAAGCUGCACGAUCAGCAUCUUGGCAAGACCAAAGCAUUUGAGAAGCCAAAGCCUGGAAAGGGCAAGGCUGAGGCACACUUCUCCCUGGUUCACUAUGCUGGUACAGUGGACUACAAUAUCACUGGCUGGCUGGACAAGAACAAGGACCCACUGAAUGACUCAGUUGUUCAGCUCUACCAGAAGUCUUCAAACAAACUGCUGGGCUUCCUUUACGCAGCCCAUGCUGGAGCUGAAGAGGCUGCUGGUGGUGGUGGCAAGAAAGGUGGUAAGAAGAAGGGUGGUUCCUUCCAGACUGUGUCUGCUCUUUUCAGAGAGAAUCUGGCCAAGCUGAUGACCAACUUAAGAAGCACUCAUCCUCACUUUGUCCGUUGCCUGAUUCCCAAUGAGACAAAGACCCCAGGCCUUAUGGAGAACUUCCUGGUCAUCCACCAGCUGAGAUGUAACGGUGUACUGGAGGGCAUCAGAAUCUGCAGAAAGGGUUUCCCCAGCAGAAUCCUCUAUGGUGACUUCAAGCAGAGAUACAAAGUGUUGAAUGCCAGUGUCAUCCCUGAGGGACAGUUCAUUGACAACAAGAAAGCUUCAGAGAAGCUGCUUGGCUCCAUUGAUGUGGAUCACACACAAUACAUGUUUGGGCACACAAAGGUGUUCUUCAAAGCUGGUCUGCUGGGCACUCUUGAGGAGAUGAGAGAUGAGAAACUGGCUGAGCUGGUGACCAUGACUCAGGCUCUCUGCAGAGGAUACGUCAUGAGGAAAGAGUUUGUGAAGAUGAUGGAAAGGAGAGAAUCUAUCUACACCAUCCAGUACAACAUCCGUUCUUUCAUGAAUGUCAAGAACUGGCCAUGGCUGAAAGUAUACUUCAAGAUCAAGCCUCUUCUGAAGAGUGCUGAGACUGAGAAGGAGUUGCAGAACAUGAAGGAGAACUAUGAGAAGAUGAAGACAGACCUGGCUGCUGCUGGCAAGAAGAAGGAACUGGAAGAGAAGAUGGUCGGCCUGCUGCAGGAGAAGAAUGACCUGCAACUUCAAGUGGCUGCAGAAGUUGACAAUCUCUCUGAUGCUGAAGAAAGGUGUGAGGGGCUCAUUAAGAGCAAGAUCCAGCUCGAGGCCAAACUCAAAGAGACAAGUGAGAGACUGGAGGAUGAAGAGGAAAUCAAUGCUGAGCUGACUGCUAAGAAGAGGAAGCUGGAGGAUGAAUGCUCUGAGCUGAAGAAGGACAUUGAUGACUUGGAGCUCACCUUGGCCAAAGUGGAGAAGGAGAAACAUGCCACAGAAAACAAGGUGAAAAACCUGACAGAGGAGAUGGCAUCUCAGGAUGAGUCAAUUGCCAAGUUGACUAAGGAGAAGAAAGCCUUACAAGAGGCCCAUCAGCAAACACUGGAUGAUCUCCAGGCAGAGGAAGACAAAGUCAACACUCUGACCAAGUCCAAGACAAAGCUGGAACAGCAAGUUGAUGAUCUUGAGGGUUCACUGGAGCAAGAGAAGAAGCUCCGCAUGGACCUUGAGAGAGCCAAGAGGAAGCUGGAGGGAGAUCUGAAACUGGCCCAGGAAUCCAUAAUGGAUCUGGAGAAUGACAAGCAGCAGUCUGAUGAGAAAAUCAAGAAGAAGGACUUUGAAAUCAGCCAACUUCUCAGCAAAAUUGAAGAUGAACAAUCCCUUGGUGCUCAACUUCAGAAGAAGAUUAAAGAACUUCAGGCUCGUAUUGAGGAGCUGGAAGAGGAGAUUGAGGCUGAGAGGGCAGCUCGGGCUAAGGUAGAGAAGCAGAGAGCAGACCUCUCCAGGGAGCUUGAAGAGAUCAGUGAGAGGCUCGAGGAAGCUGGUGGAGCAACAGCUGCUCAGAUUGAGAUGAACAAGAAGCGAGAGGCUGAGUUCCAGAAACUGCGUCGUGAUCUUGAGGAAUCAACUCUGCAGCACGAAGCUACUGCAGCAGCUCUCCGUAAGAAGCAGGCUGACACUGUUGCAGAGCUCGGAGAGCAGAUCGACAACCUCCAGCGUGUCAAACAGAAGCUGGAGAAAGAGAAGAGCGAGUACAAGAUGGAGAUUGAUGACCUCUCCAGCAACAUGGAGGCUGUUGCUAAAGCAAAGGGCAACUUGGAGAAAAUGUGCAGGACUCUUGAGGAUCAACUAAGUGAACUCAAAGCCAAAAAUGAUGAGAAUGUUCGUCAGCUGAAUGACAUUAAUGCCCAGAAGGCGAGACUUCAAACAGAGAAUGGUGAGUUCAGUCGCCAGCUUGAGGAGAAAGAAGCUCUUGUUUCUCAGCUCACAAGGGGCAAGCAGGCCUUCACUCAGCAGAUUGAGGAACUCAAGAGACACGUUGAGGAGGAGGUUAAGGCCAAGAACGCUCUGGCUCAUGCUGUUCAGUCAGCACGUCAUGACUGUGAUCUGCUCAGAGAGCAGUUUGAGGAGGAGCAGGAGGCCAAGGCUGAGCUGCAGCGAGGAAUGUCCAAGGCCAACAGUGAGGUGGCUCAGUGGCGAUCCAAAUAUGAGACUGAUGCCAUCCAGCGAACUGAGGAGCUGGAGGAGGCCAAGAAAAAGCUUGCCCAGCGCCUGCAGGAGGCUGAGGAAUCCAUUGAGGCUGUGAACUCCAAGUGUGCCUCACUGGAGAAGACCAAGCAGAGGCUGCAGGGUGAGGUGGAGGACCUCAUGAUUGAUGUGGAGAGAGCUAAUGCUCUGGCUGCCAACCUUGACAAGAAGCAGAGGAACUUUGAUAAAGUCCUGGCAGAAUGGAAGCAGAAGUAUGAGGAGAGCCAGGCAGAGCUGGAAGGAGCCCAAAAGGAGGCUCGUUCUCUCAGCACUGAGUUGUUCAAGAUGAAGAACUCAUAUGAAGAGGCUCUGGAUCAACUGGAGACCAUGAAGCGAGAGAACAAGAACCUGCAGCAGAAGAUCUCAGAUCUGACUGAGCAGAUUGGUGAGACUGGAAAGAGCACCCAUGAGCUGGAAAAGGCCAAGAAGACUGUUGAGACUGAGAAGUCUGAAAUACUUUAUCAGGAUUCCCAGCUGCACCUUGAUGAUGCUUUCAGAGGACAGGAAGACAUGAAGGAGCAGGUCACCAUGGUGGAGCACAGAAAUGGUCUCAUGAUGGCUGAAAUUGAGGAGCUGAGAGCCGCUCUGGAGCAGACAGAGAGAGGAUUAGGAGUUGCUGGACAGGAGUUGGUUGGUGCUAGUGACCGUGUCAGACUGCUUCCCUCAGAGGAGAUCUCAGAUCUGACUGAGCAGAUUGGUGAGACAGGAAAGAGCAUCCAUGAGCUGGAAAAGGCCAAGAAGACUGUUGAGACUGAGAAGUCUGAAAUUCAGACAGCUCUGGAGGAAGCUGAGGGAACUCUGGAGCACGAGGAGGCCAAGAUCCUUCGUGUUCAGCUUGAGCUAAACCAGGUGAAAGGUGAGAUUGACAGGAAGCUGUCAGAGAAGGACGAGGAAAUGGAGCAGAUCAAGAGGAACAGCCAGAGGGUGAUUGACUCCAUGCAGAGCACUCUGGAUGCUGAGGUCAGGAGCAGGAAUGAUGCCCUGAGAGUCAAGAAGAAGAUGGAGGGAGACCUGAAUGAGAUGGAGAUUCAGCUGAGCCAUGCCAACAGACAGGCUGCUGAGGCCCAGAAACAACUGAGGAAUGUCCAAGGACAGCUCAAGGAUGCCCAACUGCACCUGGAUGAUGCUCUCAGAGGACAGGAAGACAUGAAGGAGCAGGUCGCCAUGGUUGAGCGCAGAAAUGGUCUGAUGGUGGCUGAGAUUGAGGAGCUGAGAGCCGCUCUGGAGCAGACAGAGAGAGGACGCAAAGUAGCUGAGCAGGAGUUGGUUGAUGCUAGCAAGCGUGUUGGACAUAUACAUAUAUACAUUAUUAUUAUUUGCAUUAUACAUUAUUUGCAUGUCUGAACCAGAAUUAACACA